CUCCAGGGGUCGACUUAUGCGGCGAUGAUUAUUACGGUCACCACUACAUCAUUCGAUCAGAUGCUGGUGUUUACAUGAGAUCAGACAACUUGAACAAAGUAAGUAACAUAGAGGUAUUUGAUCUUCACUACUCGUGCAAGGGGGGAGAUCACUACCUGGCUAACAAUGGCUACUUCUAUAUCAUCAAUGGUACCAAUUACCGCAGAGUGACUAACAUGAAUACUGACGCCGACUCUACAGUCUAUGCACUCCAUCCCAAUUGCCAAGGUGGAGAUCACUACUUGUCCAUGGGUGGCAAAUUUUACAUCAUCUACAAAGAUCGAGGUAUCUACAGGAGGACAACCAACAUGAAUAAAGACGAGAAUGCUGUGGAAUAUCAUCUCCAUCCCAGCUGCAGAGAUGGCCUUUACUACUGGGGCAAUAUGAAUAACAACUUGGAUAGAGUUGAUAAUUCCUUUGCUAUGGGUGUUGUAAAAUUUCUACCAGGUGGACUAGCGACAACAAACGGACCUGCUUUUGGAGAAUGGGAGCUUUUAAAGAGUUUUGAGAAUACAUCCCAUGUUACAGUUGAUUGGUCCAAGCAAGUCAGCCAUCAAAGGGGAGCAAAGAGGGAAAAACUGUCAAGUAUCGAACACGAUUGGAACUUCAAGGUAACCGCCAGUUACAGCAGUGGAAAACUUGCUGCAAACUUCGCCAAAUUCCAGAUAUCCUUGGAAGCAAGUUAUGGCGGAAAGUAUGUUAACACCACGAAGGAAAGCUGGGAUGACGUGACGACGGUGACAGAGAAAGUAAGUGUAUCUGUACCUCCUGACCAGCAAGUCUGUUUCUGGCAAUACAAAGUUGGCUUGGGAGACGAGGAUAUCCUUUUCUGUCCGAAAAUGAAGACGACCCAUAGUAAAGAUCCCCCUACUGAAAUUCCUCUUAAGACUGUAUAAUGUCUGCAUAACCUAUAGUGGCUCUGUAUGAAGAAACAACCGUUUGAAAAGCACGACAUUAUCCGAACUGUGCGUACUGUAGCUUAAUUAAACCUUUUUAAUUUUUGUAGAUUGUGAUGAGCACUCAUCAU